GUAUAUCCAACUACGUUACGUUCAUUAGCAGUUGGUAUAUUUAGUGCCAUUUCGCGAUUUGGUGCCAUGACGACACCUUUUAUCGCGCAAGUUUUGCUUCCAGAUGUUUCAAUGUUAGCCGCUUACGUGAACUAUUCCUUAGUUGCCUUUUGCUGUGGAAUAUUUUGUUUCCUACUGCCAAUUGAAACUCUGGGACGUGCUUUAAUGGUUAGUCAUAUUCAAAUUUCGAUGAAGAAAUUGUUUGCCGGAUUAAUUUUUGUUAUUUAUCUGUUUUUUUAA